GGGCGGAUCCUUAAGAGUCACAUUAGCCUACGUUAGCGCGGGGGACUCAUCGAUCCUGUAGACCGGUUGGGUUUAGGGAAGAUAGGGACGUGCCAAGGAUUCAAAAUAGCGCUAAACCCGGCUCCACCCACUGAUAGGCGGAAGUCCAGCUGAUGGGUGGCACUUGUUACCAUGGUUCCGUGUAAAACAGAAGACAUUGUGAUUUAUUUACAGAGCGCUUGCCUUGACUUGCCCACGUUUUUAUGCUAUCCUGGACAGCUUCAGACUGUUGCUGGCGACGGUACUUGAUGGCUUUCUUCGGGAUAACAAAUUUGGGCUAUCAAAAUCCCAUCGGAGACAAGAUGCUAGUGAAUCCACGAGCGUCUGCUUCCCACCGCGGUAAAAGCACGCCAGACUCCCUGACCUUUACAGAUGAGGUUGAUUUAAGGAGCUGUACCAAACAGUCAAGACUGCCCCCUAUCCAAGUCCAGAGGGGACCCCCAAAAUGCACUGAUACCUGCAGCAUCUACAACCAGCCACCUCCUUUCAGCCCAGACAUACACCAGGGGAGCCAGGAGCGAUACAGAGAGAUGCUCAAACGGGUUCAGACACCCAGAUCCCCAAACCAGCUGUACUCAGUGCCCCUGACAGACAGCCAGCAGUGUGGAUGGUGGAUGCCCAAUGGAGGCCAACAGAAUACGCAGGAACGCUGGACCCAAGUCAGACGAUUCCCCCGCAAGAACAGUGAGAUGACCAAGUUUGUGAAAGAGAUGUCAAUGACGGACCGGGAGUUCAGCUUAUUCUGAUUUCCUAUCCUGCAGUAAGACACACAUUCCCACGAUCCCAAGACCAUUGGGGCUAUUGUAAGGACUCUUGUGGUUUGAUAAACGGCCACUUUCGUCAUAGCAUGCUAUAUUUUUUGGAGCUACUGUAUCAUGCAGACGUCAAUUGACGUCUGCCUUUCAACUGGUACAGUUGAGCUGUUGCCUCCCUCCAGAGGAAUGAAAUGGUAAUACCCACAAGGAAAGAAUAGGGAGUUUUGUUUCAGUAAUUAGCUACUGUCACUCAGUAAGAGCAUUCAGUAGACCUUAGAUCAUUCAGGAGACCUUGGGGACAGUAACUGAAUAUCUGGGAUCGGGUAUAUUGUUACGGAAUAGUGUCUAGCUGCCAAAUAUUUGAUAGUGUGUUUGUAUUUUUGGUAAAGCUUGUAUUUUGCAUCAUUUCAGUACAUCAACGAAAGCAAUACAAUGAUAACUAAACGUUUUCCUUGUGUUAUCUUUAAAACUUUUUUCUACAUCAGCUAACAUUACAGUAUCAUUAUUAGGACAUAUGAGGUCAAAGGAAUAUCCAGAAAUGUUUUUUUUUUUUAUGUUACUGGAACGUUAUUAGGCACCAGUCAUUUUUUAAAACUUUCUGUCGGUACACUUUUGGCGGCAUAACAGGCCUUCAGACAAUCAUGAUCUUUGCCCUAUCCUAACUCCUCCCUCGCCUGGUAGGAUCCUUCCCUGUUCUCUCGUAUGCAGUGUGCUUUAACUUGCUAGUCCCUUUCCGAUAUGCACGCGUAAAUGUAAUGAUCUGGGAGAGAGCCACUCUGCCCAAGGAGCGACGCUGUUUCCGAUUACAGGGUCAUUGAGUGAGUCAGUCAACCCACGCACCCAUCUCAAUGGUGGCCUUUAAAAAUUCAGAGGACGUGGCUGUAGCUACCAAGUUCCUGUAUGUUUGGCACUGCAACUCCUUCAUGACAGUGCAUGGAGGAACAAAGCUACGAAUCCUCUCCUGUAUGAACGUUUGUGGGUAUCUGUGGCUGCUUGCUCUCAACAUCCUCUAAGGCUUUCAUUGGUCAACAUCUGCUCAAUGACAAUCAGCCAAUGGUAAUCACAGUUUUUACAGCAGGUAAAGAAAGCUGCACUAAUACCGCAUACAACUAAUCAAAACAGCCAUUGAUUUUAAGAUUUUUUUUUAUUCAAGGGGAAAUGUUAUUUUUCUCUUUGUCAAAGUCCCCAACUCUUGUCCUUCAACUCAGGGGUAGAAAACAAACUAACAAAAAGGAAAGUGUUUCGAAAGGGGUUCAUUAGGCCUGAACAAAACACUGUUUCAGUAGCACUGGGACAACCCUCUUCCUCCCCUGUCCCCUAAAAACAUCCCAAGAGUCAACAAUCAACCUCCACCCAACCCAAAGACAGGACAGCCCAUAGAAAUAGAAUGGACACAACGUGCAUCAUCUUACUUACCACAUCCAUUCUAUGUAUUAUAUUUCUAUGUGAAUCACUCUUAGUUGGUCACCUAUGUCAUUUAUCGAUCCCAUGACCUUUACUGUUGCCUGGCGGUCCCACACGCUCAAGGCCAAAUAUCACUGCACUGGGAGGGACCAAUAGCACGAGGCAGUAUUAGCUUGCUUUGGUACGAACAUGAUCAACUGUUACUGUAGUUGCCAUAGUUAAGUAUGGUAGAGAGAGGAACGAUGACUGGGGUGUUUUGAGGAUGUUAUGAGGAAACGUAAAGUCAAAAUGAACUCAGUGUUGUGUCAAUGCUACGGUCAAUAACUGAUUUAGAUUAGCUUUCACAGGCUCUCUCGCUCUACCCUUCCUGCUCUAUGUAUAACAUACUGUGAAACUCAGAUGUGGCAAUCAGGCACAGUUCCUGCUCACACUGUAUUCUCCAGUGGCUUGUUCAAUUAAGCUUGAGUUCAAGUAGGAAAUACUGCUCACACUGCUGAUUGUGUCCCGUUUCUCUGCCCUGAAGUCCGAUAGGAAGGGGAUCAGCUCUCCACCUGACUGAGUCGAGUCUUGAAGUAGUGUUUGCUCAAAAAAAGGUACAGUGUAUAAUUAGUUUAUCUGCGUGUAAACACUUCAGUCCUUCGUGAUUGGGGAAUAUGCACCACUUGGGGUUUGAUGCAAAAGCGACAGCUAAUGGGUAUGUGUCAGCAGGUCUAGAGCCAGUGUUUGAAUACUGUAGGGUGGUGAGGGAACAGCGCUGAGUGAGUUGGCUGCAGUUGAUCAGUUGGUACCAAUGAGCUUGAGCUUACGUCUGGCAUUUUAAAAGAAAGCGUUCUGCUCUUUGAUCCUUAUCGUUGGAAUGGAAAUAUCAUAAUGAGCAUAAUAAUGAAUCAUAAUUCUAAUCAUAAUAAUAACAGCCAUAAGAAUAAUGCAAAUGAUGAAUACAGAGGUGAUACAAGGUACCCAACGUUAAAAACAGAAUGAAAAGAGGAUAAUACAAUCAGACAUGCUUUAGAGAAGUUAAGUUUGGCAAGAAAGCAGUUUGUCCCAUUAUUAAAACCUCACAGUGAAAAUAGUUAUAGGCCUUCCAAGAUGACAAAGCACAGUAAUCAUUAUUUUCCUCGUCAAUCUACACACAAUACCCCAUAAUGACAAAGCACAUACAGGUUUUAUAUAUAUAUUUUAAACAUAUUUUAAA